ACUUUUUCAAAACGAAAGUGGAAGACGAUGAGAAAAACAUCACCGUAGAUGAAGUUCUAUUUUAGAAGAUGGACAAUGCUGAAGUACGACAGAUAAUUUGUGAAAAAUGUAUUGUGGUAAGAGGUUUCAACAAUGAAAUUCAAUUUCAUCAAAUACAGAAAAGUUUUCCGGAAUCCAGAAGCGUAAACUUGGCGACAAGAACCGCUACACUACCAUCCAGGGAUAAAGAAUGGAUUAUUCAGUUUCAGUCUGUGAAAGAUGCUCAGAAAUAUAUAGAAGAAGUAAGAAUUUUAAAGUGUCCAGAAGGUCUGUUGAACAUCAGUGAUUGUAAACUGCCAUGUGAUAUCCCAGAUGAAUGGCUACAGGAUGAAGUUAUUUCUGACAAGUCAACAAGAUCACCCAAGCAACAUGUGUCACCAGGGACAAUACAGCCACCACCUUAUUCUCCCUCUGAUCCAUCAGUGUCUCCCUCACAACAUUCCACUAGUGCCCAUGGAUUUCCACCCUAUGAUCCAAGUUUGUAUGGACCAACUCCACAUAACCCAUACCCCCAUGGGUAUUAUCCACCAUAUAGAAUGCCGAUGAAUCUCUAUCAUCCUGGUAUGUCUGGAAACAAGCAUCUUCCACAGGACCAAUACAGGCCCCAUAAUGCUGACCAGUGGGGUCAAUAUCCAAGAUAUUACCCACCUGCUCCUUAUGGUUCCUAUCAAGGUUAUGGCUAUCAUCCUCAAUCAGAUUUUGAUAUUCAUCAACCAGUUCAACAGCUUCCUAUUCAGGAAAAUCUAAAUCAAUACACACAAGGAAAUGAAAACCAGGGAAAUACAACUGAUCAAUCUCCAUCUUCUGAAACUGUACAGGGGGGAAAUGAUGUUCAGUCAGAUGGAGAGGAAGACAUAGACGAAGAAAAAAUGGAGGAUGAACCUGCCAAGACAACAACAAACAUGCUUAAAGUGACCAAGUUACCAUCAGAUACAACAGAAGAUGGUUUACAGUUUUUCUUUGAGAACACGAGGAAGUUUGGUGGUGGGGAUGUAGAGGAUGUAGAGUAUGAUGAAGAUACAAAGACGGCCAUUAUUACUUUUAAGGAAGAUGAAGCUGUUGACAAAGUAUUACAGAAAAUACCAAUACUAUUCAAUAGAAAAGUUAUAGAUGUGGAAGCCCACAUUGUUGGUGCUGAAUCUACAACAGACAUACCUGAAGAAGAACCAGAUGACUCUAGUCAAAAUACUGGUGAGCAAGUUCCCAUAUGCUCAAUAGAGGUGCGUGGAAUGAAGGAGAAUACAACUCAGGAUACCAUCAUGUAUUACUUUGAGUCUAAGAAAGGUGCUAAAGCAGAUGUGGACAAUAUAGAAUUUGUACAAGACAAGAACAUGUAUGUUGUCACAUUUGAAAAUGAAGAAGCUGUUGAAACAGUUUUGUCCAAGAGUCAUAUAGUAGAUGGUGCUAAAUUACAAGUUAAAAGACAUGUUCCACUCAAAAGAUAUCCAAAUAAAGCAUUAGUCAAAGGAUUUAGCCCAAACACAACUAGAGAUGGUAUAAUAAACUUCCUGGAAGCACGGACAAAGUUUGAUGUGGAGGAAGUAGACUUUGGUGACGAGGAUUCUGGGAAGGCUAUUGUUACAUUUUGUGAACCAAUAGAAAUUGGAGAUAUUCAGACAGCCUGUAAGAAGAAAGCAUUAGAUGGCAGCUACCUAACAGUUCAUCCUGUAGUGGUUACAAACUGUAUUGUAGUCAGAGGUUUCAAUGAGAAAACUUCAGAAUCUGGACUGGAAUAUUACUUCGAUAAUAAAAGGAAAUCUGGUGUAGAGGGCGUCACUGAUGUAAAAAUGAAUAGAGAUGACAAUUGUUGUGUUAUAUACUUUGAAAAUGCAGAAGAUGCUUUGCUUGCCUGUAAAAGAUCCCAUAUCAUUGACAACUGUACACUGAAAUUACAAAUCUUCUAUGAUUGUCUUGGUGUCCCAGCUGAUGUCGAAGGGCCAAAGUUCAAACCAUUGCCACCUUUAGUUAUUACUGACAUUGAUAAAUAUAAAAUACAUUUUUUGAAAAACUCAGCUCAUAAAAGGGUGAAACUUGAAAAACAGUUGGAAAAAUCUCAUUCUAAAAUAAUUUGGCCACCAUCACCCCAAGAAAACAAAUUAAUCGUAGAAUGCACUAUAACCAAGGAAACAGAAGAUUGUCGACAACUAGCAAAAACAUGGGAAAAAGAUACAAGAAUGCACAUUGAUUCUUUUGUGAACUUGUUAGUGACUGAGAUUCACUCUACACUACAAGAAGCAUGGGGGUCUGUCAUGCAAAAACUACGGGAAAUUCACAUAUCUGAUCCUGAAGGUGUUACAGUUAAUUUAGAGAAUCCACCUACUUGUGAAAUUAUAAUAACUGGUCUCUCAGAUCCUGUAAAAGAAGUCUCCAAUGAAGUGAAAAGAAGAAUUCAUGAAGUGUCCGAAGAUCUUGAUAGAAAAAAUCAAUUAGUUCAAGAGGAAGUUAGUCUAAAACGUCACCAGCUAUUCAUUUUGUCAUUUUCUCACUUCUCAAACAAGAUCAGACAAGAGUUUGGUCAGAUGGAGAUAAAGAUAGACACAAAAAAGCAUGUUAUUACAUUUACAGGGAUAUCAGGAAACAUCAGCAAAGCCAAGGUUACUAUGUAUGAAACACUGAGUAACAUAGCAUCAGCACCAAUUGGUAAGAAAUCACAAGGAUACAUUCAGUUUUUGAAAAAACAGGAAGUUAAAAAAUCAAUAGCAGCUAAACUAAAAAGCAGUGGCCUGAUUGGAGUUUGGGAAAUCCAGAAUAACUCCAUACUUAUGUAUUCAAUGUCUGAUGAAGAAGCCGUAGCUGCAGCAGACAUUUUAAAAGACUGUGUGGUUGAGGUCAAGGUCGAUGUUGACAAUGUACAAAAAUCCAUGCUAAAUUCUCAAAAAUGGAAGCAACAUGUACAGGCAAUCCAGAAUGAACUUGAGAGAAAAUCAGUUAUAGUUGAGAUUGUCACAAACCAGCAAGGCCAGAUAAUUGUAUAUUGUAACACACAAGGUGAAGCUGGACAAAUUAAAGAAAAGCUACAAGAUUUUUUUCUUACAAAUACAGAAAAAGAGAUAACCAUUGAUUUACCACCUUCUCAGUUGAAAUUUCUUCAGGAGGAAAUGAAAGAUGAGGUAGAAAAUCUGGAGAAAGAUUUAAGGAAAAGAAAUAUCAUUGUUGCUGUUAAGAGUGAUGGUAUUCUAGUUAAAGGGAAUGCAGAGGGAAUAAAGGAUGCUGAAGAUGAAGUGGAAACUCUGGUACAGAAAAUAUAUAAAACCAAACAUUCUAUGGACAAACCAGGUUUACAGGAGUUAAUGAAUACUGGCCAAGGGAAGACAAAACUGAAGCAAGUUAGCAAACAGGCAGGAGUUGUUAUUAGUAGUCAUAGUGAUGAAGACGAAAGGCCAACAGGUCAAAUUAGACGUAGAGGAGGUGCUGGAUCAGACGAGAGGGCAGUGUAUUGUGGUGCUGGAGGUCAAGAGGUCAUUGUGGUCAAGGGUGAUAUUACUGGUCUGGAUGUGGAUGUUAUUGUCAAUGCAGCUAAUAAAGAUUUGGCUCACAGUGGAGGUCUUGCCAAGGUGCUGGUUAAUAAAGGUGGAAAAGGGAUACAAGAUGAAUGCGACCAGUAUAUAAGUUACCAAGGUCAGUUAUCAGAGGGGGAAUGUUUUGGUUCUGGACCUGGAACAUUAAGAUGUCAGAUGAUUGUCCAUGCUGUUGGACCAGUAUGGCAGGGGGGUUCCAAAAGAGAAGAAGACCUACUUCACCAAUGUGUUGAAACAGCAUUAGUUGAAACAGAACAAGCGCAGCAUACCAGUGUUGCAAUACCAGCUCUUUGUACAGGAAUCUUCGGUUACCCAGCAAACCAAGCAACUAGGGUGAUUGCCCAGGCAGUACAUGAUUACUUCAGUAGUAAUAGGGGAAGCACAGUUCAGAGAGUUUACCUAUGUGAUGUCAAUGAGAAUUCUGUAGACUUGUUUGUGAAGGCUGGGGAUAAGGUUUUUGGGAAGAGAGAAGAAGGAAGAAGAAAAUCACCAUCAGGUGCUGGUUAUUCAGAUGGAUUCACUGGACAGACUGGCUCUAUCUCUACUGGGAAUGUUCAAAUCAGAAUAAUCAAAGGAGAGCUAGCAAAAAUGAAAGUGGAUGCUAUCGUUAACACCACUUCAAAGGACCUACAGCUAAACCAGGGAGCAGUUUCGGCUGCAUUGCUAAAAGUUGGAGGACAGGCGCUACAAGAUGAAUGUAAACAGAACUAUCCACAGGGUAUUGGCUAUGGAGAAGUAGCUGUUACAUCAGGAUAUAAUUUACCUUGUAGUUAUGUCUGUCAUGGUUCACUGGAUCAAUGGAGGAAGGAUGGAUCGUCAAUUAAAAUACUGGAGAAGUUUAUUGAUGGUUGUCUACAAGAAGCCGAUAGUAAUGGUUGUAGAUCUAUAGCAUUACCUGCCAUGGGUACAGGCAAACUUGGAUAUCCUAGAGACCUAGUAGCCAAACACAUGUAUACAUCUGUAGAACAGUUUGCCAGUCAGAACCAGAGUUCUAAUGUCACUGAGGUGUUAUUUGUACUAUAUGAUAAAGAUACCCUAACAGUGAAGGCAUUUGAAGAUGAAGAACAAAACAGACAGAGAAGUGGUAGCAGACAAGACAGAGAUUACACACAACAGCCGACAGGAUACCAGGGCAGGAGGGGUUGGUAUCUGAAUGAUGCUGAUAGUACUGAAGUAAUGAACUCUGAUGACUCUUCUGAUGAUGAGGUGACUAAUGUGAUUGAACCAAGGAUGAGAGCAUUCAACCCAUAUGAUCAAAUAAAAAAGAAAGUUAUUUCCAACAGAGAUCAAGAAUUUCCAAAGACAGCUCCCUUUCGUUCUCCAACAUCUCAACCUGAAGAUGAGUAUACUCAUCCGAGACCUUCCAGAAGAUCAGAAGUUUUGAGAAGAGUUGAUUCAGACCAAAGAUCAAAAAUGGAACAGGCUGUAGCUUUCAUGGGUCAGAAAAGACCUAUAAAACGUGUUGAGUCAACACCUGUACAUCUUAAUCCAGCAAAGGUACCUGUAAGGAAGUCAAAAUCACAAAAUGCUAUAAAAAACUGGGAGAAAAUAAAGAAGCCAAACUAUUGGCUAGAAGACAUAGAGAUUGAAUUGGCCAUGCAGCUAGUUAAAAAUAACCAUCCUAAUAUUGAUGGAUUUCAACCAGUUACUGUAGCAUUGGCCGAAGGAUAUAAGAAACCAAAAGGUCAAUUUAUACAAAUUAUAAAUGUCAGUGGUCAACAUUGGAUAACUCUAUCUAAUAUAGGAUGUCCACCUUAUACGGUCAGAGUAUUUGAUAGCUGGAAAAGACAUUUACAGGGGGAUACCAAAAGAGCCAUCUUUGCUAUUGUAGAUAGAGAUAGUAAAGGUCAAGUUGUUGUGGAUUUAUGCCAGUUCCAAAGACAGAGGAAUGAUGCAGAUUGUGGAUGUUUUGCUGCAGCCUCUAUGGUGGCAGUGGCUAAUGGAAUGGAUCCUUCAAAACUCAUCUGGGACACAAAUCUGUUAAGAUCUCACUAUGUACAAUGCUUAAACCAAUCACAGAUGACGCCAUUUCCACUUUAUCAAGAUUCACCUCCAAGCAUGUUGCAACAGAAAACUUAUACAUUGACUGUAUGUCCGUCUUGCAGGCAGAUGUUUUGUGAGAAAGAGAAACCAAUUUGUAAAAACUGUUUAAAUAAGAAUCCAAAUAGUGGUAUAAAGUAUUACCUCCCUUUGUUGUUGGUUUAUUUUCAAGGCAAAACUGUGAAGAAAGAGCAACAGCAACCAAAGCCUCAGACACAUGGUACUGCACAGGAUCAGGACACAUCAGAUUCAGAUAAAGAGUAUAAUGUCAACAUGGGAAGUAUGGUGUUUAAAGUUUACCAAGGGGACAUAACUGCUAUCAAAGUAGAUGCCAUUGUCAAUGGAACUAAUGUUGACUUGGAUUUUAGCAUUGGUGCUGUCGCUAAAGCUAUUAAACAAAAGGGAGGACAGGAGCUUGACAAACAACUCACUGAUAACAGAAAAGCUAUGAAGAAGGAUGGAAUAGCUGUAACAAAUCAUACUUCUGGAUUACUGUGUAAAGCUGUCAUCCACUUAGAUAUGACAGGAGUGAAUCCCUCAGGCUUUGGUGGUUCUAUUGCUUCAGCCUUCUCUGUUAAACUGAAGGAUAGAAUCAAACUUGCACUAGACAAAGCUGAAGAAAUACAGAUGGCCUCAGUAGCAUUUCCUGCUUUAGGUACAUCAACCAAUACUAAAGUUAAAGUAAGUGACAUUGCAGAGGAGAUGUUCAAGGUCAUUGAAAAGUUCAAUAGUAACAAGACUAACCAACAUGUAAAGGAAGUACAUGUGGUUAUAUUCCAAACAGACAUGAUGAAGGACUUCAUGGAAGCUGUCAAAAACUGUGUUAACAAGUCUAAAGAGGGAUACAUUGGCAAAUUUAUGAAGUGGACGGGACUUGGAGGAGCACAGUCAAUGAAACUAUCAAGACAUAACCGCCAUCUGAUUGGAACCCAAGUGUCACAAAACAAUCAAAUGGACACACUUGUUUCCUUUGUGAUCUAUGCUAGAGAUAAAAGUUCAGCCGAUCGUGCCAUUCAAUUACUGGAGAAAUCUGUAGAAGAUGACAUGAUAAAGAGAACCAUCAGGGCUAAAAUCAUCAAUGAAUUUACUCUAGAUCAGAUAAAUGAAGUUAAGAAACUAGAGGCUACUGAUCAGGUUGAAAUUACUGUAGACACAGGCAAAGGGGAGAUAACUCUAAGAGGAUUAACAAAACAUGUUUCUGAUGCAAUGGAACAUGCAAACCAUAUUAUUAAAACAGCAGAACAGGCCAAACAAACUAAGCAAAAGGCCAAACUAGUAACUGACAUGGUGCAGUGGCAUUAUAUGUCAGAAGAUAAAGGAGAGAAAAAACUAGUGGAAUAUCCACCUGAGGUUAACCUCAUUCUUGAGACAGCUUUAAAAGAUCAGAAAACAGAUGCAUCAUUUUAUGACCAGAAUGGUAAUAGAUAUAUAGUAGAUUUCAACUCAUAUGAGGAAUAUCCUGCAGAUGACCCGACAGAUAAAGUUCAAGUGCUAAGAAAGUCUAAACUUGUUGAUCAUGCCUUUGAGUUGCCACUCUCUUGGGAAAAAAUGGCAGACAAAGAGAACUUAAAAAUUGUUCAGCUGAAACCUACAGACCAAGAAUAUCAGGAUGUUUCUCAAAAGUUUACAACUACAUCUGGUGGUACAAAAGUUACUUUUAUCAAGAUUGAAAGAAUACAAAACAAAACGUUAUACCAGCAGUUUGUAGCAAAGAAGAAAUCAAUGGAUGCCACCAAUCCUAAAACUGUCAACAAUGAAAAACAACUGUGGCAUGGAUUUUCUGUAGAUGCCUUGGACAGUAUAAAUAGAUAUGGUUUUAACAGGAGUUAUUGUGGAAAAAAUGCUGUUGCAUUUGGAGCUGGUGUUUAUUUUGCUGUUGAAGUAAGAUAUUCAAUUCAAGAUACCUACUCCAAGCCUGAUCCUAGUGGCCACAAGAGAAUGUACCUGUGUAGAGUACUGACAGGAGAAUACUGUGCUGGUCUUGGGGGAAUGAGAGUUCCUCCUGCCAAACCUAGUGCUGCUGGAAGUCACAUUUUAUAUGACUCAGUUACUAAUGAUAUGAAUAAUCAAAUUAUGUAUAUUAUUUUCCAUGAUUCACAGGCUUUUCCUGAAUAUCUUGUUACAUUCAAAAGAGGUUGAUUUAAGUCUAUCUUCAAUUUAAUGUGCUGAAUUACAAAAUUCCUCUAGAAGAUGAAUAAUUGUGUAUUAAUGACAUAUUUAUAUAUUCAUAUGUUUUUUUAAUUUUGUCUA